ACGGUCCAGAGUCCAGGUAGACAAAACCAGCCCGCCAGCUGCCUUCUUCACAAAGGACCCAAAACAAGCAGGGAAGGCGAAGAGAGACCAUUUCAGGGGAGCAUCUCGGCCGUUCCACCCUUGGUAUCAUGGAAUACAUCAACACCUUGGUCCCGUCAACAUUGCUCAAGUCGGUGUCGAAUGCGGGUUCUGAGCUCACGCGACGGGUCUGGUCCCCGAGCGCCCCCGCCCAGCGGCCCUUCCGGGUCUGUGACCACAAGCGCAGCGUCCGCAAGGGGCUGACGGCCGGCACCUUGCAGGAGCUGCUCAGCAAGGCCAGGGACACCUUGCUGGUCACGGGCCUCGUGUCCUUGGUGCUGGACGAAGACGGCACCCUGGUGGCCACGGAAGAUUAUUUUGAGGUCCUGGACGACAACACGACCCUGAUGGUUCUGGGAAAGGGCCAGAAGUGGACCCCUCCCAAGGGGAGCCGGUCCUUCGCCCUCAGCCGGGAGAAACCGAAAAACAGCCGAGACAUCGCCCGCAUCACCUUCGACAUCUACAAGCUCAACCCACGUGACCUGUUUGGCAGCCUGAAUGUGUCAGCCACGUUCUACGGGCUCUACUCCAUGAGCUGUGACUUCAAGUGCCUGGGACCCAAGAAGGUGCUCAGGGAGAUCCUGCGGGUGGCUUCCACCUUCAUGCAAGCUGCGGGGCAUCUUCUGGUGGGCGCCUCCAACUACAUCCGUCGUCUCUUGGAGGGCGGUGACAGCUGGCACUCACAACACGCCAGAGUGAACGUUUAUCGAGAAUGAAGUCGCCCGGCACCGGAAAUGGAUGGAUUAACUAAGAGGCUAAAGGGACAAGAAGAAUCAUCUUUCUAUUUAAGCUGGAAUUUAUUUUGUAAUUGGUUGAAAGUACAAAAUCCCGCAGUAAAGGAACAGAAAAUGAAUAAAAAGUGAGAUGUCGUGGAUAGGAUCUCACCAGAAGAAUUACUCCAAUAUACAAGAUCACUUCCCUGUUGAGCCUUAGGCUUUUUUCCUUUUUUGCAUUUAGAUUUGUUUAUUGUUCGACGAUUGUUCGAAAAGUCCUCCAUUGUUCGAAACGUCCUCCAUACAGAGCAUGUUGCCAUAGUCUCUCGAGACUGAAGGAUGCCUAAUGUUCGACGAUUAGAUAUUCUUACACUUUAUGUUUACUCUUUAAAUGUGCAUUGUGCUAUAUAUCUAUGUUUUUAAAUCUGUUUAAAAACAAAAUAAAAUUAAAGAGAAAUGGAGUCGCCCGGCAACAGAGCAAGGGUUCCUCCCCAAAACACCUUGGUCCUCCCAGUGCCGAACUAAGCCGAGGGCCAUAAUUUGACUCUGGACACUGAUUAACGGGGUUUCAGAACAUCCCAGGGCCUUGAA